AUGUUCGACUUCGACACUCCUGGCAUCUCACCAAUCCCUCGACGUGCCCUGUUGGAAGCUACUCCCCUUCCUCCACCAGCUCACACUUUCGACUUUCGCACUCCUGACACCUCCCAACUCCCUCGACGAUUGCUCAUCACUGAGCCCCUUGACGCUACGCCACAUACAUCCAUCCACUUCGAUAGUCAAGCAAGUAUGCCGAUGGCGAGGGGCAUGCUGGUGGAUGAGACACUUGACGCAGAACCAGUGCCGAAACUGCUGGACUUUGACAAUAGUCCUCCCGCCACACCAGGACGACGGCGAGCUCUGGUGAUAGACAGCCCUGGCACAACGCCUGUGCGUAGCCAGGUCCAGUGGCUAAAUAGUCCCAGCGCUUCGCCUCCAAAGAGGCAGCCUUUGUUGGACGAUGUUUUAAGUCCACCGCCUCCGCCAUCGGCGCCCUCUCACUCGCCAGCUCGCACUUUCGAUGACAGCAAUUUCCGCCAUGAUGCACCUGUCAUUCACUAUAUGAAAGGCAGCAUCGAGCCAGUCACUGUUACUUCCAGGAUGCCAAGUCUGGCAGCACUUCCAGAUGAGCUGCCGAUCCAUCGUCCCACCCAUUGGGAACAGGUUCCAGGCUUAUUCCCAGACACCACACAGCUGCUGCCAAUGGCAGUCCCUGGAGAGACGAAUGCCGCUUCUGGCUCACAAGUGGCCCGCUUCGGUAGAUCGUUUGUGCAGAUCGCAGCAGAGGCAGACAGUUCCAUGGACGAUGACGAAGGUGAUAGCUUUGCAGUUAGUCGUCGUCGUGCCAUGUUGUGGGAGCGCAUUGUACGUCUUCAGCGUGAGCUCAACCUCACUGAGGAUAUGCACGUUGCGAACCUUAAUGCCAGCUCGACCGUGUUCCAAAUGGGGUACAUUCUGAGGGACAUUCGUGGCGAGGCGUAUCGCAGCAACUGA